GGGAAUCUCAUCCUCGACUGACAGGAAUCUCUUUCUCAACGGACAGGAAUCUGACGGCCAAGUUUAUGCAGUCACUUGUGCUGAAUAGUUCCACCGAAGAUUAACUAUUGACGUCGUCAUUUCCCCCGAGAUACAUCCUCAUAAGCCGUUCCUCAUCCGUCGAUUUCCGUUCGCCAGCCAUGUCCUCUGCUCUCUCCAGCCUGACAACAGCAGCAGGCCAUGCGCGUCUCGUGUUCGUCGGACACAGAGGCGUCGGCCAGAACCGACCUCCCCCGGUCGCCACCGCGGCGACGGAAGCAGCGUCCGUGGCGACGGGAACUUCUAGAGUGUCGCCGGAUAUUAGGGAGAACACGGUUCUGUCGAUAAACCGGGCGGCGAAGCUUGGAGUAGAUUUCGUGGAGUUUGAUGUUCAGGUGACUAAAGACGGCAUCCCUGUCAUCUUUCACGAUAAUCACAUUCUCACAGCAGAUGGGCUCGACUGCAAGAUCUCCGACCUCACACUGGCUGAGUUCCAAUCAAUUGGGCCGUCCAAGACCCCUGGGGAGAUGGGCAGGCAGCUGAUCAGGAGGCGAAAGGACGGCAACACAUACACGUGGGUGGCAGAGGAGGAGGACGCGAUGCCGACCCUCGUUGACCUGUUUGACUGCGUUGACCCCCGCAUUGGCUUUAAUGUUGAGGUCAAAUUCGCUGCGGAUGAUUCUAAGGAUGCUGGGGGCCCUGAAGAAAUCGAUCGGAUUCUCUCAGCAUUACUCCCUGUGGUGGAUUCGCAUUGUGGCUCGCGCCCUCUCUUCUUCUCCUCUUUUAUGCCUGAUGCUGUAGUGGCGCUGAGGAAGAGGCAAACCAAGCACGAGGUCCUCUUUCUGACUGUGGGGAGUGGCAGCUUCAGUGACGACAGGAUGAACUCUGUUCAGGCUGCUGUGGCGCACUGCAAAGCCCAUGCCUUAUCUGGCAUUGUGUCGGAAGUGAAGACACUCCUGGCUGACUCAGCCACCAUUCGAUUGGUGAAGGAUGCUGGCCUGCUGCUCUACUCCUAUGGCACCACCAAUGAUGACGUGGAUGCAGCCCAUUUCCAGCAGUACCAUGGCGUGGAUGGCAUCAUUGUUGAUGACGUGGCGGCCAUGUCAGAUCAUGUGCUGAACGUUACACCAGAGGAUUUACAACCACCAUUUGGUAGAUAUGGAGUGUAGUUUAGAGGUUGCGCUCAGGGCCCAAAAUUGGUUUCAGAGUAUGUGGGCUGAUAAUAGCCCUAGGAUCUUUUCAGAAUGCUAAGUCCUUGCAACAGAGUGCUCGAUCACAAACUGAAUGAAUGACUAGAAUGUGAGAGUAGAAGGCAUUAUAACCAAGGGGGCUGUACUUCCUAAAGCACAAUCCUAUAUGGUCUACAA